ACUUGAGUACCAUUCUUUGACCGUGUGUGGUAAACAUGGUUAUGAACAUGUGCUCCCAGGAAGUCUGUGUGGUGGUCAUGAUGUGCUUGGCAGUGGUGGCUGUCUCUGGCUACAGCAACCCGUGCAACCAGCAGAAGGGCACGUACAAGGCCACCUUUUCGCCGCUUCCCGUCUCUGCCGACAUGUCCAUCACGCCCUUCUUCUCCCCCUCGGGCUCAACCCCGACCCUGACCAAGAUCGUCGAAGAUGCCACAGACACGGUUACGAUUGUGACGCCCAACUGGAAGUCUUGGAUCUCGUGUGGUGACUCGUAUAACAGCGGGUGCUCGCCGUGGCAGCUGCGGUACGAGACGUAUGAUCCGUUGUGGGUGGCGACGCUCAACGCCAUCUCGCGUGGGGUCAAGGUCAACGUGCUCUCAUCGUACUGCACCGGGCAGCACGCUCUCAAGCCGGGCCUCAUCCUCCCGCUGACCUACCUCAAGCUCGCUGGCGCCAACGUCAUCGAGUACCAGACAACGACGUACAUGCAUGCCAAGGCGGUGACGGCCGACAACUCGGUCGCAGCUAUCUCCUCGAUCAACCUCUCCAAGUCGUCCAUGUCGGAGAACCGCGAGGCCGGCCUGGUGUUCUCGGGCGAAGGCGCGGCGCCGGUUGUCGACUUUAUCAACAAGGUUCUCGAGCACGAUCUCUCGUAUGGUGCUUCGUGGCCGCAGUUCUACACCUACAACGCGUCGGACAUGGAGAUCAUCCGCGACACCAAGAUCUUGAAGAUGCCCGAGUACCCCACGCCGCCGACGUGCGCUCCGGAGGUGCCGGCCGACCCGGAGCCGAUCACCGGUCACAUGGACGUAACCAUCCUCACCCAGCCCGACUACACCUAUGAGACAUUCACCUCUGCCUGGAACGCGACGACUGACGAGUUUCUCCUCUACAUCUACGUCAUCAACUCGUGGGACUGGUGCCACAAUGUCAACGAUCUCUACAACCGUGGCGUCGACGUCAAGCUCAUGUUCUCCUCCUCACUCGUCGGCAACUACCCGAUCGCUCUCGAGUGUUACAAGUGGCUCAACGAGAACGGGCUCGACAUCCGCCUGACCAAGCCCAAGUGCCUCCCGUUCUGGCAUCAGAAGUACUUUGUCAUGGAUGGCUCCAAGGUCGCUGUCUCCACCGGGAACCUCGACUCGUACGAUGCACCCGACGCCUCGGUCUUCCCUCCGGUCACCGAGUCGGACGGCGUCCAGGCCUACCGCGGCUUUGCCGCCAUCGUCGAGAACCACGAUGUCGUCAAGACCUUCACCGACGUCUUCUGGGCCGACUGGGACGCGGGCUUUGACUACUACCCCUCGUGGAACUUUAACAACUAACCCACCCGCUCGUACACCUUUAACACGCAUCAUAACCUAAAUCAUCGCGUCAGA